CCGAUAGCGACGCAAUUCUCCGGCUUGGAACGUCCUGCAACGCUCAGCUCGCAGAUCGCGACAAUAAUCCGACUCUCUAGGGUUCACUGUGCUUUUUGUGCGGCCCCGUUAGCCUGGUGGUGGGUUCCUGUUCGAUCCCAUCAAAUCUCCGCCCACUCCAAGCUCCAGCGCUCGCGAUCCCGACGAUAGCCACACCCCUCGGAAAAGGCAUUCACUUGUCCUAUACAAACACCAAAAGCCUCACGCAUCAAACAUGGCCUCCACCUUCUCUGUCUGCCGGCUUCCGGCCGCGCUUGCCCGCCGCCAAUCCCGUGUUCUCAGCACUUCCAAGCGCCUGAACUCCACCUCCGCCCCUCAAACCCAGAACCCCGCCUACCCUCUCUAUCCCUCCGUCACCCAGCUCCUCCAUGAAAAAGGCAUCCCGGAGUCCGAAGUGUCCAAGAUCCCCGCGUCCGGCCCUAAGGGCCGUCUCCUGAAGGGCGACGUUCUCGCCUACCUGGGCGCCAUCCCCGCCGAGUACCCUUCUGAGCAAGCAGCCCGGCUCGCCAAGCUCGCCCACCUCGACCUGAGCAACAUCAAGAUCGCCGCGCCCGUCAAGCCCGCGGAGCCCUCCCCUGCCGUGGAAGAGAAGCCCGUUGCUCGUCCCCCUCCGACCACCUCCGUCGCCGUCUCCAUCUCCUUGGCCGCCGUGCUGUCCGUUCAGAAGAAAAUUAAAGAAACCCUGGGUACCACGGUGCCGCUGUCGACGUUCCUGGCCCGCGCUACCGACCUGGCAAACGACGACCUGCCCCGCUCUUCCCGCGAGACUCCUUCCGCUGAUGAGCUCUUCGACGAGAUCCUGGGUGCUCAGCCCAUUAAGUUUACCCGGGGGGAGUACAUCCCUGAGUUGAAUGCUGAGGAGGCCCGGCCGGUCCAGAAGAAGCAGAAGGUGGAGGAUGAUUUGAUUGAUUUCUUGGCCGGAAAGGUGUCCAAGAAGGCUGCUGCUACUGCUAAGAGCGUUGUUGAGCCGGCGGCGAACGUGUUCAGCUUGACUGUCCCGGUUGAGGAGGAGAAGAGGGCGAAGGUUUUCUUGGACCGCGUGAAGACCUUGUUGACUGUUGAACCUGGCAGGCUGGUUCUAUAGAUCUCCAUUCCUUUUUUCUUUUUUCAUUCCCAUUUCCUUGGUUAUUUCCCCUUUCACUUUUUCGUGCUGUAAGUUAUGCGCAGAAGACAGGAGACAAAAUUUUGUCUCGUACCAUCGUAUCUCUUGGAUUAGUUUCAUUGGGCUUAUGAACCGUUUUAUAUAAGUAUAACAUCAAUCAAGAAGAUAAUGAAAUAAACAUUCAGUUAGAAUUGAAAGUCCAAGU